GUCAAGUGUCAAGUGUUAAUGUCAACUAUCAAAUAUCUUUGUUGAUGCAUUUACAGCAUCAAGCCAUGUCUUCUCAAUGCUACAUUAUGAACUUAAACCGAAUAACAACUCAGAAUGCAUCGGCAAACGAGGAAAUAAAACCAUCUUUAUCAAAGGAAAAGGUGAUGUCGUACGAGGAGAAAUCUGUUGGGUCGACAGCCUUUUUUAAAUGUGAGGCGUGUCCUUACAUGGCUCUAGCUGAAGAUGAUAUAAAGUUUCAUUUAUUCACGGCUCAUCCAGACUUAGCCAAACGUAAUGGGUUAGCAGACAACAUCCAGAUACCCUGUCCAGGUUGUUCGAGUGUUUUCGACACAGAAGAGACGCUCAGAACUCAUUUACGUAAUCAUCACAAAAUGGGUAUCAAAGACGUUAAAAAGAUGGUGAAGAGUCUAGUUCAAAUCGCGCUUAAAAAUGCAAAAUUAAAAAAGGAAACUAACAAAAAUGAAGCAGCCAUCCAACAACAACAAGACAUAGAAGUCAAAAUUCCUCAAGUCAUUGAAAUAGUGCCUGAUAUAGUAAAUGCUAAUAACGAACAACUACCAAAAGGUGUUGCAUUUAUAUCUGUGGAUGAACUAAACAAAAUGAGUACUCCUAACUUUGAAAGAAUUGACCCGAAAGAAGUAAUUCAGGAAGCCAGUAUCAAUAUAGUGUAUACAAACGAUGUAUCAACUCAGUAUGUCAAUGUUUCAAAUGCUGGAUCCUCAGAUACAACCCGUAACUUAAUUCAAAUGUCCAGUGUAACACCAGACCUUAUAUCAUCCAUACAACCUAGACUGCCAUCAUCUGUAGAUAAUAAUUUACUAUCUCCACAGGCAAAGAAUGACACAACCUCACAACAACAGGAGAACGGAAUAAAUUUAAUGCCAUACCCUCAUACAUUUAAAAAGAGAAAAACGUUAGAAGUAGACCCUGAAAAAAAUGGUACCCGUUGCUCAGUCUCAAAUUGCCAUGUACGUCUAAAAGACGCUAAUAAUCUCUCAUAUCAUAGGAAAUGCCAUCAAAAUAACCAAUUACAGUGUCCCGAGUGUUCAAAACUAUUUCUAACAGUGCAGCAGCUUCAUACACAUCUAUGGAAAAUACAUACAAUAGAUUUGGAGCUGCCAACCUGUAACAUAUGUGGCUAUAAAACAUACAAGAGAUAUAGGCUAGUAAACAUACAUAUGAGAUGUCACGACAAAUUAAAGGAAUAUACAUGUCUGAUAUGUACGAAAAAGUUUAAAAACUCAAAUCAACUAUCAAAACAUCGUAUGACCCACAAACGCGAUGAAACUCGUGCUCAAUGCCACAUUUGUCAGCGCGAGUUCUCAAAUGAACGCCAACUAAGGAAUCACGUAGCCGCGGUACAUGAGAGAUUAAAACCUUUCAAAUGCUGCAAUUGCGAUUAUACAGCAGCUAGAAAGGAGGAACUGAAAUUACAUUUAAGAUCACAUACUGGCGAUAAGCCAUAUGCUUGCGAUCAAUGCAGUUAUUGUACAGGGGAUCACAAUGCAUUACGUCGCCACAAAAAGCAACAUUCAAAAGAAAGUGUCUACAAAUGCAAAUAUUGUCCAUACACUGCCAUACAAUCAACGAUGUUCGCGUCUCACAUGAUUUCUAAACACCCAAACGUAAAGUCAGACGAUGUUCACUGUUGCCCUUAUUGUCCAUUUAAGUCUGUUAAUAAAGACAAAUAUCACGUCCAUUUAACUACACACAGAGAUAAAGAAGGUAUAAAUUUGCUAAUCGAAAUGUCUAAGGGAGUGAAAGUAAGCAAACCAAGCUGGACUAUUCCAAGCGAAAGUUCGGACAAACCCAGUGAAAUACAGAAUGUAGCCAAUGAACAGUCGAAAGAAGCAAGCCCGAAGACCGUUAAUACUAUACCUAUAGAAGUAUACGAUUGUGACAGUCUACCUGAAACUAUGCCUCAAGAAUAUCCGAAAAAUUACUGUACAAGUACAUCAAAUGACAUUCAACAAACUAAUUUUAACACGGAAGUCGUGACAGACCUGAGCAAAGAGGACAAUAAUUCAGAUUGCCUUAUUUCUGAAGGCUUCAACAUACAGGAGAGGCACCAAUACAACGCGCAGCAUCCUUUACAAAUUUCCUAUGAUUCCAGUCAAUCAAAUCUCCAUUUCCUAAAUUCAACUGUUUCAAUCGAUCAGAGUAUAUUACAGAGCAACAGUGUAAAUUCUCUAGCGUCUAGUCAUUCGCCUAUAAAUAGUAGCAUGGCAGGUAACAUAAUGAGUAAUUUCCCAAUACGACUGCCUCCCGCACCAAUAUCGGUCCGAAAUAACAUAACCUUAAAACCUGUCGAUAAAAUUUCAGUACCUAUUAAUAAAAUCAACGGUCCAAUUAUAAAUCAAAUGCAUAUACUUCCCAUUCCAUCAUCGAGUCACUCCCCGAUAAACAUAUCAACUGAACUUGAUGGACUGCCUCGAAAAAAACCUAAAAUAUCUGUAAAAAGUAAUUUAAUACUAAAAGGGCCAGACCAAGAAAACAUGUUUCAUUCACAACAGAAAAUGGCGUUUAAACGCCUAGAAGACAGCGAGCGAUACGGUUUAGGAGGUCCAGUUACAUUUAAUAAUUUAAUAACAACGCAAUUCAUGCAACUGCAGCCGGAACCAUCGCUAAGCGAGUCUCCGAACAACAUAAUGACCUAUCCUCAAAACAACAUGAUGGGAGACACCGCGACCACGCCUGUUGACAAUGAAAUGAAUGAUAAUCCGCAAAUAUUUUCUUUCCCCCAACAAAUGAACGUCAAUACAAUGACAAUGCUACCGCCGACGCAAAAAAUACAAUCGAAUGAUCCGAGCUACAUAAAAUUAGAAGCUACGAUCAAACAGAACACACAAUCGCCCAGUUUGGAAAGAAUGUGUAACGCGAAUCUUCUAAAUAAUCAAAGUAUAAGCAGAGAAUACAAAGCCUCUCCUCCGCUAGAAGAUAUUCACAAAAACAUGAGUGAAAUUAAAAAUGAAGUUAAAUCGGACGCAUUUUACAACAUAAGUCUUAACAACACAGCUACAAAUCCGCCUAUUAUAGAUCAAUAUAUGAUAGACAAUAUCAUUCCAGAGCAAUAUCCGGCUCAUCUGGAUCUUUCGACGGUAGUUUUGCCAGAAGUUACUAAUCAGCAAAAUGACGUGAUAGAAAUAGAUGACAACUCUGACGACAAUAAGUUAUUGCCACGCUUUGAUAUGAACUUCUCCCUUGAAUCUUUGUAUUUAAUGCAUAACGAUUUUCACUUUUUAGAAAAUGACGUUUCCACAAAUAAUAUGCCUGCUGAAGUACCCGUUAAUGAAAUUAAUAGAAUGGUCUCCGAGAUGCCUAUCGUAAAUUCUAAAGAUAAUGUUGAUGUUGUUUCUGUUGAAACAAACGACACGCAGAAUUUCAUUCAAGGGAAUAAAGACCCAAUGAUGAACUCUGUUCGACCGUCGACAAAUAAAAUAAAUGUAAAGAAUAUUGAGUUAAUGAAAAAUUAAGCUAUAAUGAAUAGAUAUAAGAUGUAUACUCUAAUGAAACAAAUAAAAGACUGUUUAUUAUUUGUUACAA